AUGUCACCAAUUCCAAAGUCUUGGCACUGGAAGCAGCUAAAAUUAACACUAAUAUGUGUCACAUGCGCUUUAUCAGGAGUGUUUUUCUUAUUAUUUAAUUUUUAUCUUGCGACUGUAUUUGCUCUUGUUUGGUCAACAUUCGUCAUAAAGAAUGCUUAUUUUUGUCCAAUUAAUUUGAAGAUACUCUACGCAAGAUUCUUCUUUGAAUUUCUAUUGGAAAAACCAGAUCUUUUGUCUCAAUUUCGACCAUUUGGUCUAGAUUUAUUCAAUACACAACUACAUGAUUAUUCAAUAUCAUACAAAAGAUAUGAGAAAAAGAAAUUUCACACGCACAUUCGUUAUUUACAAUCGUUUCAAAAUACUUCAAUGUCUUCGAUUGACAGACAAUCUUAUGAUGUAAUGGAGUAUUUCAUGAAUUUAAAUAUCAAACAGGAACAUAGUGAAAGAUUUAGCUAUCAUCAUUAUUUAAUCAAUCAAAUGAUGGGUGCACAAUCAGAAAUUAUCUCAUUCAUCACGAAAUUUCAUCGAAUAUUGAAUGUUAAUGAUGCCGAAGCGUAUCUCCUUCGAGUCCAACGAAUAUCGAAAGCAUUUGACCAACUUAUCGAGCAACAGAUCGAACGACGCCGUCGAAAUAUUGAAACACCUCGAUUUGUCCUUCAAAGAGUUAUUACAGAACUCGAGACAUUUCAACAGCAAUUGAAAAACGAACCAAAUCAAAGCCCGUUAGUCACUGUUUUCAUCGAUAAACUCAAUGACAAAAUAUGUUCGAAAGAGAAACAAACCGAAUUGCUCAAUUGUUUACUGAAAAUUCUGAAAACCUAUGUCAUUCCCGCUUAUGAUCGUUUGCUAAACGUUCUUCAUGAAGAUCUCUCCAAUGCGAAGACUGAUCAUGGCGUUUGGAAAUUACCCGAUGGUGAUGAAUAUUAUAAGUUAUGUUUACAAUAUCACACAACAACGAACAUGACAGCCGAGGAAAUUCAUGAACUCGGAAAGAAACAUGUGGAGAAUACUCAGGACGAAAUGAAAAAAAUUUUGAAAGAAAAACAAAUUCCAACUUGGCAAGAUUUUCGAACAAGUAUCAAACAACUGGAAGAAAAUGUCGAUCAGAAAUAUGAAAAUAUUGACGAAAGUCGAACGAAGAUACUCGAAGAUUACGGUCGACUUAUUGAAAAUAUUGACAGUGAAAUGCAUAAAUACUUCUCGCCUGCAUGUCGACCCACGACAAAGUGUGUUAUUGAACGUGUACCACAAUUCAAAGAAGCAACAUCACCAUUAGCUUAUUAUUUUCCAGCUGCACUUGACGGAAAGACUCCCGGAACAUUUUUUGCCAAUCUCCGUAAUAUCGAUGAAGUUGUCAAGUUUAAAAUGGGUACAUUAGCUUAUCAUGAAGCUGUGCCAGGUCAUCAUUUUCAAUUAAGUAUAGCACAGUCGUUAAAACAUUUACCAUUCUUUCGUCGGCUGAUUCCGUUUACUGCGUAUAUUGAAGGAUGGGCUUUGUAUACCGAACAAUUGGCAGCUGAACAAGGUUUUCAUGAGUCAUGGCAUAGUUAUCUUGGAUAUCUUGAUCAUAAACUCCUACGAUCGUGUCGUUUGGUCGUGGAUACUGGUAUUCAUACGAAACAAUGGUCUCGAGAAGAAGCAAUUGAAUAUAUGGUUAAAAACACAUGUUUGAAUCGAGAAGAAGUAGUUACUGAAAUCGAACGAUAUUUUGUCAUGCCUGGUCAAGCUUGUGCAUAUAUGAUCGGUUGUCAAACGAUUCUCUCAUUACGUGAUAAAGCGAGAUCAGUAUUGGGUGAUAAAUUUGAUUUAAAAGAUUUUCACGAUGCGGUACUAUUAAGUGGUUCAUUGCCAUUGAACAUUUUAGAAACAAUCGUCGAUGAUUAUAUUACAAAAAAGAAAUCAAAUCUGUGA